AUGAGGAUUCGGACGCAGUCGGAUGACUCAGACGCAGAAGGAGAAGGUGGUGAGAAUGAAGAAGGCGGCUCGGAAGGAAGCUGGGAGACAGAUGAUGAAGAGGCGCAGGAUCCUCAAACCAAGGAAGACGCCAAGAACCUGCCUUCAAAAACAGGGCCCUCAACUGCAGCCCCAGGCUCAGGGAGCAAAGGGGGCCCUGCAGAAGAUGGCGGCGCAACGCCCUCACAGAAAUGCGAAAGACCAACGUCAGUCCCCCGGCGGGACCGCGGUGGGCCGUACGUUGACAUUGAUCCCCGUGAUGACAUCAGCACCGUCCCGAGGGUUGUCAGAGAGGAAAACCCUGCCACUUGGCAGACGCCGUUGAAAGUUCCGGGGCCGUGGGGGAUUGAUGAGUUUGAAGACGAGGGAGAGGAGGAGGAGGACGGGGCGUCGAUGAAAUUGAUGAUGGCUAAGACAAUGCGGAGAAUGAGAGCGCAGGGGAUCUACCAUGGGCGCGACACGCCCGAGGUGCAGUUUUGCAAAAAGUUCCCGGCUAGUUUGGGGCUGAUGCCCCACUCGCCCUGUGCUGACGUCACAUUCGCUGGACAGAUGGCGGAGCGAAAAGAUGCGGAGCUGCGGGCUGCACGGAAAGAGGCCAAAUUGAGACACAAACAGGACUACGUACUCAAAGUGUACAUGCAUGAGUUGGAUCCCCCUAUCUGGAGGAG